UCUUGGUUUUCUGUUUUUCAAUAUUUUCAAAAAGACAAAUUAUUUUACCAGUUUAAAACAUCAUAUAUCAAUGUCAGACUACAGAGGUAGAGGUGGCAGAGGGAGAAGCCCAAGAGGUCGUGGUGGACCCAGGGGCAGAGGUGGUUACUCAGAUUUUCGAGGGAGAGGUGGCUACAGAGGACGUGGUGAUGGAUUUUCAAGAGGAAGAGGUGGUCCACCGAGACACAUGAAUCGUGAUGAUGACUCUCCACCCAGAAAAUUAGCCAUGAUGUCAAGAUUUGAUUCAGACAGAGGUCCUCCCAUGAGUAAAGGUCGAAGAGGUGACAGAUUUGACGAUGACUUUGACAGAGCUCCACCCUCUAGAUCAAGAGAUCUGUACUCGUCUCCACCUCGUGAAUCUAGUAGACUUUUGGAUAGAUUGAGUCCACCAAGAAGCAGCCUACGAGAUAGAGACUUUGGUCUAAAUGCAAGAGAAUUCAUAAUUUCCCCCCGUUUAAGCUUAUCAGGAGACUCUGGAUCUUUUAGAGAAUCAUAUAGUACAAGUUUGAGAGAAGACAGACGAGAUAACAUUGGUCGGUCCAGAGAUUUUGUUUCACCUCGCUCAAGUGGUGACUACAUUGUUGAAAAGAGUAGUCGAGAUUAUCGUGACUCUUCGCGUGAUUAUGGAUCCAGAGAUUACCCAUCAUCACGAUCUGCAGAAUUUAGAGAACCACUGCGCAGGGAUUUGUCCCCAAGAGACAGGUCAGCACAACACAGCUAUGAUAAUGACCGCAGCUAUAGUCCAGAACGCGAGUUUUCUUCCAGGGGUGGGCGAGGUGGCCACGUCAGUAGGCACAGUAAUAACUCGAUAGACAGAGACAGAGAUCACCAUCAUAGUGGCGGUGACAGAGAUUAUGGAUCCAGUAGAUUCUCCAGAUUAGAUGACAGAAUCUCUAGUAGACCACCAAGAGAGUUUAGAGGUCGUGGAAGAGGUAUUCGGGGUGGUCGUGAUGAACGUGGUGGUUAUAUGGAGGGAGAACAAGACAAUUUCAUUCAUGAAAGUGAUGAAGCUGUUGUCAAUGAGAAGAUUCGUUUACUGCUAGCAGAAGAAGCACUAAAACUUAAGGCAGUUUAUCUCAUGAUCAAUCACAAGAAGACUACAAUAUUCACUGAUGUGAGAGAAGGCACGACCGUGAACCAAGUGAAAAAAAUCCUAGAAGGCAUUUUAAAAGUUGACCCUCAGCACAUGAAGUUGUAUCUCAAUGAUACCUUGAUGGCUGGAGGAGAGCUGGCAGUCUCCCUGUAUGGCUUGACACCAUCUACAGCCAACUGUCUCUCACCUGCAGUGCUUCAUCUGGUUCUUAAUUCUGAAGAAUAAAUGAUAGCUAGUACUAAUGUCAAACAAUAAUUAGGUUAUAGUUUUAUGUAAAUAGAUAUCAUUAUUUGUGAAAUGUACUUGUUUUUUUAGAUUUUAGUUUUCAAGACAUUUCAUUUAGAAAUGUUUAAAUCUUAUGACUGAACAAUGCAACUGUAAUAGUAUUUUGCUGCUCAAUCUUCACCCUCAUUGUUAUUUUAAUAAAAAUUUGUUACUCCAUGUGAUUAUAUUUUGUCCACAUGCCAGACAAUCGCUUCCCAAACGACUUCUGUACAGAGAGCUGUGUGUGCAGGAAAUCGCUAUAAAGAUACCCUUAAAAACUUCUUCAUGGAGUGUGAUAUUGAAAUAUGACCAAUCCUACCCAUGCCACAUAUAUGACCUGCAUUUCAAAGUGAGGAUUGGACUUUACAGUCAUCUCUAUGCUCAUAGGAAAUGAGAAAUAUGCUCAUCUUUGACCACGAAGGAGGAGCUAUAUAUAUUAUGGUAGCAAAAUAUUACAUAUAAGCAAAUAUGUAUGUGUAAAAUAUGUAUGUGUAAAUUGCUCAAUAUUAAUGUCUUUGUAUUAUUAUGAUAUUACCUAACUCUUUUUACUAUUUCUUUGCACAAUUUUACAUUUAAAUUUUUUUGUAAAUAUUUUGUUACAAUUAUUAUUAAAAACUAAACCUACUAUUGAUGUAUUAGGAUAGAACCAUGUUUAUUUCAUUUGGACAUGGUGGCUGAGUGGUAAAGUGCUUGGUUUCCGAACCGUUUGAAUCUGAGUGAAAACAUGGGAUUUUGAAUUUAUGGAUUUUUAGGACAUUUGAGUCCACUCAACUCUAAUGAUUACCUGACAUUAGUUGGUAAAAGUAAAGGCUGGUGGUCAUUGUGCUGGCCAUUUGACGCCCUUGUAAACCGUCGGCCAUAGAUACAGAUGAUCUUUAUAUCAUCUUUCCUAGAUAGCUAGGUCUGAAAGGGAAACUUUGCUUUUUACUCAAUGUAUAUUUCACACUGUCACAGUAAAGUGGUAGGCUAUUAGCUUCACAGAUAUCAAAUACUGUGUAUAUCGAUAUAAAAUACAUGAAUAAUAAAAUAAUGAUAUCAAUGAAAGGAGAUCUGCUCUAAACUUUCAUUGUUCAAUUCUAACAUUUACUUGUGACAGUGGUUCUCAAACUUGGGUCCGCAAGGUGACCCUCAGGUUCGAAAAAAGUUGAAAAUUGUAUACAAUUAAAAUAAUUUCUUCUCUAAAAGCCAGUUUAUCCGAUUGGAUGAUUUGAAUAAUAAUCAACUCACCUCUCACUACUGUUUAAUAUGUCUAUUACCUAAACCAAACAUUUGUAGACAUUCUUCAUUUGGAUAUUCUUGACUGGGUGUUGAGCCCUUUUGCACGCAGACAGUCAGAUCCCAAUUACAGAUGAAUCCAUUCUAAUAGAGAAGCAGGUUAUUGAAAUAUCCAAAACUGAGGAACUUAAAACACAAAUUCUGAUUUCAAAAACAAGAUUCCAAUUUUUUAUCUUGCAUUAUAGGUUAUUGUACAGAAAAUGUUGACUGCUUUCCCAUCUUCUUAUGUGGUGGAACAUGGAUUCAGUGCUCAAAAAAUUUAAGAUACUGAUUAGAAACUUGUGCUCAUAGCAACAUCACUUACAAACAUUGAGCCAGACAUAAAUGCCCUGAUAAAAAUCUCAUCCCAUUUAUCCCAAGUCAUUAAACAAAAGUUGUAAUUUUAUUAAACACUCCUUCAACAAAAUGUUUGAUUUUUACAUUUGUAAUUUAUUUACUAUGCAUUUAAGUACCUUUUUCACUUAGGGGUCUGUGGGCAAAUUUUGACUAAACAACUGGUUCCUCAGAUCAAAAACACACAUUCAGCUUAGAAUUAACAAAAAAAAAUGUUCUCACAUGGUGGCUAUUAAGUUUCUGUGAUAUUCAUGUACAUUUCUUUUACAACUUUCACAUUAGAUAUGUUACUGAUUUUUUUGUUUGCUACCAAUUUCUUUUGCAUGUAAAUUAGGUAAAGUAUGUAUAUGCUAUGACUCCAAUUUAAAAUAACUUACAUAUGGUACAAUCUAUUUCAUUUUGAAUUAUAUGGACUAUAUGGAUUAUAUUGAAAAAUUAUAAUGUCACUUCUAAAUGAAAUAGCUGUUACUGUAAUUCAAAAUGUAAUUUAUGCAAGAACAUCCUUAUGAGUGGUGAUAUUUUAUGUAAAUAUAUUGUUGAAAAUAUAACCUAGUAGUUGAUUCAUAACUACAAACUGCAGUGGUAUGUUGUUCUGUUACUUCACCAAGCUGAGAUGUUAAAAGACUGUCUUUCACUUUGUUUUCUUUGAUUAUAAUAUUGAGAUUUAUAUAUCUACUAGUAUUUUACACCCUUACUUUUAUAGGGUGCUUUUAUUUGGAUAUGUUGUUUUUCUUUUACAAACUUAGACUUCUUAUAUUUGUAUGCAAUGUGCAGCAAUAAUAAAAUACAUAAUUGUA